AUGGAGCCCUCGACUCAUGUUGCGCCCCCAGCAUCCCCCACGCUUGAACUCUCAGAUGAGAAAGAGCCACCAGCUCUUGCACAACCUACUUCAGGAGAAAUCGUACCACAUGGUCCUUUCCACGAUCUUAUUCCCGGGUACCCAAAGCUCGCUGGAAGAAUGGGCAUAAUGCCAGAGAUAGGCAUGUUCAGAAGAUUCGGCGCACUCAAUGCGCGCAGCCUCCUCUACUACCAGGACGAACUGGCGUACCUAGAGGAUCAGUUAAAGGAGGUGGGGGCUGAAGACGCAAAGAGCUCAGAGGGCAUGAAGUCGAUUAUCGCAGACGAUGCACUCAUUCAACAGUCCAGUAUACUCCAGAGCAUGAACGAGCCCAAUGCCUUCGAUCUCAUUUAUAUCCAGCACUUCUUAACGAGCGACCAAAUGAGAGUAAUUCCAGGCCCGGAACAAAUAAUCUGGGGCUCUUUCGACAGGCCCAAAGACUUCAGCGGAGAACUUGUCGUCCUCCGGGGUCAAAAGGAGAUGGAUCCCUUCUCGCGCAACAUGGGCGCAAGAGCUGUUGAUUGGAUUGUGAAGCUCGGUGGUAAGCGCUGGAAGAAGGUCGAUGCUCGCUUCGGAACUGUCGCUAUUGAUGAGGAUACCGUCAACAUGUUCACAUGUUGGAUCACGAGUGCCGUCGCUUCGAUUCUACUCGUUGGCCCAAUCUUCAUACUCGCCAACACCGAGUCUCUCGAUGCACAGCUAGCGACUAUUGCGGCAUCGAAUGUUCUUACUUCGGUUUGCUUGAUGUACUUCACUCGUGCACGUAGGACUGAUGAGUUUGCGAUCACUGCCGCGUAGGUAUAAUUGACAUCGCACGGAUACACUGAUGGCUGAUGCUGGUGUAGAUUCGCGGCGGUGCAAAUCUUUUCUAUGGUUGGAACACUGGACAAGAGGUCUCGAGAAGACGUGUAGGAGUCAGGGUGGUGGAAGUUGAAAGUAGCAAUAGAAAGAAUUAAACAUUGUAACCAGAGUGGGGUUGCAGAAGAUAUAACCUCAUCAACCUCCGAUGUCAGACAGAUAGCAGAGUCCAGGCAUCUACAACACCCCUCCAGCUAAG